UUAUAUUAAAUAUUAUUAUGUUAUCAAUUUAGAAAGUAAAUAUUGCCACUCUUUAUAACAGAAAUGAAGAAUACAAAUCAUGCAAUAGAGAAACUGAUAGAGAAGAUGGUUCAAAAAUUUGUAUAUCUUUUUGUAGUAAUGAUAGAAAAGUUUAAAGAUUUAUUACAUUAAAAUAUAAUACCUAUAAAUGAACUAAUUCAUUUAUCUUGGUCAGGAGUGCCUAGUGAACUUAGAAGUGUUGUAUGGAGACUUUUAUUAAAAUAUUAAUCUCCAAAUAGAGAUGCAAAUGUAUUUUGGAUAAUAGACAUUUUAGUUUUCAAUUAUAGAGAGAAAAAGAAGUAUGUACUUUGAGAUGUGUGAUAUUUAUUUUGCUCAAAAUUAACAAUAUGAUGAAAGAGAAAAAAAGAUUUUAAAAUAAAUUUCUGAAGAUGUUAAACGUACAAUACCAGACUCUUAAAUGUUUAGAAAUCCUUAAAUCUAAACUUUGCUUGAAAGAAUACUGUUUAUAUGGAAUAUAAGAAAUCCUGCAUGUGGAUAUGUCUAAGGAAUGAAUGACAUAGUAGCUCCUUUCCUAGUUGUAUUUUUGUCUGAUUAUGUUGAUAUUGAAACUACUAAAUUAAAAUUCACUAAUGAAAAACAAUUAGAUCAUUUAGAUUAAAGAUUAAUUAGAUAAGUAGAAGCAGAUUCUUAUUGGUGUUUAUGUAAAUUAUUAGAAAGUGUUCUUGAUAACUAUACAAAUUCGUAACCUGGAUUAGUUCGAUUCUAUAACAAAUUUAAAGAAAUAUUAUAAGCAUUAGAUAAGAAACUUUAUGAACAUCUUAAUACUUCAUUAUGUAACAAUCUAUUUUCAUUAUAGCUAUGGAAUUAUAUGCAUUUGUAUUUAAAUGGAGUACUUGUAUGUUAUUAAGAAUGUUUUAAUUCGAAGUUGGUCUCAGAUUAUUUGACACUUUAUUAGCUGAAGAAAAAAGUAAGAUUUAUAUUCAGUAUAGAUUAUUUUGAAUUGUGCCUCUUCAUUAUUAUUUCUAUUUUGAUGAAAUUCUCUCUUAAAAUUUAGAAAUUAUAAUAUGAUGAAAUUAUGAUUCUUCUAGAAAAAAUACCAACGAGGGAAUGGUCAGAAUCAGAUUUAAGUCUUUGCUUAUCAGAAGCUUAUGCUUACUAAAAGAUUUUUUCUAAAAAAUGAAUUAUAUCAUAAAUCUUGAUUUGAUA